AUGGGAAAGUCAUCAAAAGACAAGAGGGAUGUUUACUACAGACGGGCAAAAGAGGAAGGGUGGAGAGCUCGGAGCGCUUACAAACUUCUACAGAUCAAUGAUGAUUUCAGUAUAUUUGAGGGUGUCAAGAGAGUGGUAGACCUUUGCGCGGCACCAGGCAGCUGGAGUCAAGUAUUGGCAAAGAAACUCAGGGGAGAAAAUGAUAGUAAGUCAGAUGCAAAAAUCGUGGCAGUUGAUCUACAAGCCAUGGCUCCAAUUCCUGGAGUGAUACAGCUACAGGGAGACAUUACAAAGAAAUCUACAGCUCAGGCCAUUAUUGGCCAUUUUGAAGGGGAGCAGGCUGAUUUAGUUGUCUGCGAUGGUGCACCUGAUGUGACAGGCCUGCAUGACAUUGAUGAGUACAUUCAAGCUCAGCUGUUACUUGCUGCCCUAAACAUCACUACACAUGUUCUGAAGAAAGGAGGGACAUUUGUUGCUAAAAUAUUCCGUGGCAAGGACGUGACAUUACUAUACGCCCAGCUGAAGAUCUUUUUUCCUUUGGUCACUGUUUUCAAACCCCGCAGCAGCAGGAAUUCCAGCAUAGAGGCUUUUGUUGUGUGUCAGAACUACUCACCCCCAGACGGAUACAUUCCCAAUAUGUCAAAUCCUUUGUUGGAUCAACAUUAUGAUGUGGAUUUCAACAAUCUUGAGGGCCCAAACAGAAUCAUAGUCCCCUUUCUGGCAUGUGGUGACCUCAGCGGCUUUGAUUCAGACAUGACUUAUCCUCUUGAGCUUGCGCCAGGCAAAACAUACGUUUACCAUGAGCCGACCCAGUCACCCAUUAACCCACCAUAUAAAGAGGCAUGCCUGUUGCGGAAGACGGACCAACUGUUGAAGCCAACUUUACAGCAGGACAAAGGAUUGGUUACUGCUGAAUCUUCAGGUGAUCCUGCACCUGUGUCUCAGGAUGCAGCUGAGGGAGAAGAAUCUUCUACAGUAGUGAAGGAUUCGCAGGAAGCCUAUGAUCUCAACCAUUCUCAUCUUGCUAAACAGUUGAACAAUUUGUCUGUGAAGUGA